AUGGCCGUUCAGAGGAUGGCCGUGGAUAUCAUCGGCAAAAUCUACCCAGUCGCGUCCAACCAGCACGCCUGGGUGGUCAGAUUCUUCGAAAAUCACAUUGUCCACAGAUUCGGUAUACCCAAAACCAUCACAGCCGAUAACGGCCCAGUUUUCGCAUCAGCCGAGACUCGAGAAUACGCUGAAAGGAUAGGGAUCAAAUUGGUCCACUCGACACCCUACUACCCACAGUCUAACGGACAGGCCGAGGCGAGCAACAAGGUAAUCAAGGGCAUCCUUGAGAAAAUGAUUGAGGAAAAACCUAGGGCGUGGCACGACUUACUCCCUGAAGCCCUGUGGGCUUACCGAGUCUCAAAACGAUCGGCUACUGGCACAUCCCCUUAUGCCUUAACCUACGGCCAUGACGCCAUUGUUCCGAUGGAGUUAAAGGUUCGGUCUCUCCGUGUGACCGAACGACUUGGGCAGGAAGAGAAGGACUAUUCGCAAGCCAUGGCUCAGGAGUUAGAAGAUUUGGAGCAAUCCAGACUCGAUGCUUAUAACCUAAAGAAGGUGAAGCAAAAGACUUUCGCCGAAGGCGACUUGGUAUGGCGUGCUGUGCUUCCUAUCGGGACUCAGGACCCUCGGUUCGGCAAAUUCUCACCCAAUUGGGAAGGGCCAUUUAUUAUCGAACGAAUUCUUGGCCGAGGUGCAUUUCAGUUGAGAGAUAGGGAUGGAGAAUGGCACAACUUGCCAAUAAACGGCCAGUAUUUGAAGAAAUAUACCCUCUUCAUUUUGGGAAGACGGCCAAGAAUGGGUUAUGAGGUUUACAAUCGACAAAAAAAAAUGGAGUAA